AUGGCAGGAGGGGCCGGGCUGUGUACCGGGGGCCGGGCUAAUUACCGGGGGGCUGGAYUCCCCCGGCCGGCACCGCCCCCGUGGCGGCAGCGGGCGCGGCUGUUUACAGGUCCGACAAGUUGCGUCGGUCCGCCAGAAGCACUUAGUCUCCCAGAGCCUGCUUCUCACUCCCUCCUAUGCCUCUGUUCCUUGGGAGCUGCAGUGGUUUCACAGGUGCAAGAAGAGCUGCCCAUUGUCACUUUCAGAAGCGCUGCUCCUGUUGUCACCUUUCAGCUUUCUUCCCCUCUCUGUGGAACCCCAGGGUGCUCAGGACAUCUGAGGACACCCUCAAAGAUGUGGCCACUUUGGGGACUGGACCUGAACCGGGUGCGCUGUGACCUGCUCUUCACAGAAGCCAUCAACCAGAGGAUGCAGGUUCCCARCAGGCUGAAGGUGGCAGAGAGCUGCAGCCCUGGGGACAGGGGGCCGGUGACAGAGGAUGUCCCUGCRUCCUUCCGCAUGCACAUCCCUGAUAGGAUUUCUCUUGCGGAGAUAUCAGACACCAGUCUGAGGCCAGUCCUGCUGACCCAGCCAAGGAAGGUCCCCUCUGUCGUGGUGCACGUGGCCCCAGACCCCUCUGGGGACCUGCCCUUCGUGCCCUCGGCCAGCAGACCCAGCGCCCAGAGACGCAAGCGAUCGGGCCACCACAGCAGCAGGUCCCGGCGGGAGAGGACCCUGAGUGACUGUGCCCAGCUGGCCUUGCACAGCCCAGGACAGCAGCAMGAGGGGCUGGACACGUGUCCCCUGCCCGCUCCCAGUGCCCCACUCCCCCUCCUCACRGAGGCAGGCAGGAUCUACUCCAUGCAGAACAUCUUCCAGACCAUGUACCUGCUGGGCCAGGUGCUCCUCCACCGUGUCCAGGACACUCUGCGGGACCCAGCGCUGCCCAGCUCCCAGGAGUCCAUCCCAGCUGCAGAGAGCGCCCUGGAGGAGGCCGGGGUGACAGAGGUGGCAGCCAUGAGGAGACAGCUGGCCAGGAUCUCGGGGCGGCUGCGGGCGCUGGAGGAGCAGUGCCACGCCUGGAGGCAGAAGGAGGCCCUGGUGUACUCGGUGAUGAUCUCUGCRUGCCUCAUCAACACCUGGCUCUGGCUCAGGAGAUGACAGCCCGUGCCUGACCUGCCCUGCUGCCCUGGCACGGGGGUGAGGGCAGGGACAGGAGCAUUGCCAGCAGUGACACUGUUCCUUCUUGGCUAGGACUGCUUUUUGCACUGUGGGCUCUCAGGAAUGUGUCCUCCAGGCCUUGGUGACAGUGGAGGUGUGGGGAGCUGCUGUGAACACUGAGGUCUCCUGAGAGCUGGGUGGCUGGCACAGGAGGUGCCUGCUCUGUGCAGUUGCCCUCAGGCUGACAGAGGAGGUGCAAACCCCCCAAGGCAUUGGGUGUUUGUGGACGUGGGGUCCUGUUAAAGCCAGCCUGUGUGGGGCCCAGUCCCCUGGCCACAUCCCACAUUGGAGAGCUAGCUCUGACCCCAUAAAAUCUCUCAGCUGACCCAUGGGGUCUGGUCCUCCUCUUCUGCAGAGUGAUUGAGUGUUUCUAAACUUGUAGUGGGUUUUCUUUCCCUCCUUGUGGAAGGCAGUACUGCCAGGUCUCCUGUGCCACAGCUUCUCAUCCAGGAGUGGAGCUGGAGUCCAGGAGCUGCCAUCCCUGCRGUGCUGUGCUCCACCCCUGCCAGCUCCCAUCCUGCUGGAGGCAGCUCAAGAGCAGAUGUGCAGACCCAAAGUAAGAGCCUUGCUGACAUCUGGGUUUAUCCAGGAGCUUGGUUCUUCCCCAGAGAGAUUUACUGGGAAAACCUCCCCAUGAUGACACUCUGGAUGAUAAAACCUCAUACCAACAGUGACAGCACCAAACAGGUCAGGGAAAAUAGAAAUUUGUCAGGCUCCCAGUGCCUGAGGGGAGUAUUGCUACCAGGUCAAGCUGUAACUUCAGCGAUGGUACAAGAACMCAGGUGAGAGGAAUUCCUGACCCAGAUGUUCUUUAGCUGUAAACAAGCUCAGUUCAACAGCUUUUCUGCUUGUUUCCUUCUCUGGAGUUUAGUAACACUUGCUUCUGAGGUGACUUUGAGAUGUUUUUGAUGGCUGGUCCAGCACAUCUGCUGGAGUUGUGCCUGCAGGCCCUGGGGGCAGGUUUUGGCAAGGCUUAACAGGACCUUUCUGUGCCACCUAAACCUAAUUAUAGCUGGAUCCACAUGUCAUCCAGGUGUCCCAAUAGCUUAUUUACAGACAUCAGCGCUUGGGUGUUUUCUGCUUGACACGGCGUCAAGCGUCCGUGACUGUAAAUCUGGCAGCUGGACAGUGACUAAUAAAUAACUGUCCCCAAGUAAUUGCAGGUCUGAACCUGUGGCUGAUUGCUGAGCUGAGGAGAGCACUGGGAUUUAUCACAUAUGAGAGGCAGGAUGGUGUGGUGGGCUCGGUGUGCUGUGCUGUGCUGUGGUG